AUGCCAUCGUUUGCAAUCACGCCGAUCACUCGACAGGCGGUCGAGCUCCGCCUGGAGGAGCUGGAACAUACCAAACAGUCCUUCGAGCAGCGAUAUCUCCUAGAUGCGAAGCAGUCUGAAGAGCCCAGUGUUAUCAGACGAAUCGAAAGGCUUUUGGAGGAUAUCGAGAACCUUGAUCCAAAGUUCGACAAGGAGGAUGGCAUCUGGACAUCAGAAACCACCAAGCGAUGUAUUGAACAAGCCCGUGAUGGCGGAAUCGUUACCGAGAACAAGCUGCUGAAGCUUGAAAAAGCUCUCCUCGAUAAGCUGAGCAGGUUCCGCAAUCGCAUGGAAGUAUCGUGCCUACAUUCGCGACUCAUGAAAGAGGCUAUAGACGUGUACACCGACACGACAGCUACCAGACUUCUUGAAGACAUGGCCGUGGAAGAUGAUUUCGAGGUUGUUGAUGACGACCGUGAAGAUGCUCUGAAAGAUUUUGUGAGGACAUGUUCGCAGCAGACAACUGUGGAUAGCUCCUCGAUUGAUGAAUAUCUUUCGGGCUUAUUCGCAGGCGAAGAAGACCAUUUGCAAGCUAUUCGCAACGGAAUGCGAGCAUACGGAAGUGAUCUUAGCAACGGAAACAUUGAAGUCGAUCAAGAAACUCUGAAAUGGAUCAUCACGGACCUGAUUCGAUCAGAGCAUAUCAGCCAGGAGCGAAGAGAGACCCUGAUCAAUUAUCUGCAGUCGCCAGACGCGUUACUGGAGGUAACUGCAAUGCUGAACACGAGGGGCUAUCGCGAAUGGAAUUACAAGAACGCAGAAGUGGGUUUACCAGUCGAUACACGCAAGACAAUCCGUGGACAGCACUACGUCAACGUUGAGGUUGAAGUUAUCGACAUGCUGUUCCUCCAUUGCUGUGCAAUCAGAUGGGCGACGAAGUUGAAUGAAUGUCUCAGGGACUACUUUGAUAAGUCCAAAGCGUUCGAAGUCGCCCCACUUGCAAGGGCAGACGCCGACAAGAGGGCUUUCUUCUUCGACAAUACUUCAUUUAUGCCUCCACCGCCUUGUGGAUACACGGGUCCUCCUUGUCCUCCUCCACCACCACCCGAAUCCAAAAAGGGAUGCAGAAGGAGUAAGACGAAGCCUCGAACCAUGCGUCUCACCCCAAUUGUACCCCCAGCGCCCCAUGUGAUCCAUAUGUAUCCUCCUCCGCCGCCACCAGACAUGCUCACGGACGUUGAAAGUGUACGACGAGAUGACUACCAACGGCACUUCUUCAUGUCACGUCUGCCCAAACAUGAUGGCGACGUACCUAAGAUGACUUCGUCGAAAGACAUCCAGGCAAGAUUGAUCAAAACCCUGGCUGUGGAAUGCAAGAUACGCAGGGCUUUCGAUGGCGAAGUCAACGCUUUAACCCUGGACUUCGAUCCGUUGGCCUCUACAUUGCCGCACUGUACCAUCAUCACGGUGUUGAGAUUUCUUGGUGUUCCGGACGUCUUUCUCAGCCUCUUCAACCGCGCUCUCAGGCCCAAGCUGAGCAUUGAGUCUUCUACUCAGAAAGCGGCUAGAACUAUGACGCCUGAAAGUGGAGUUUCCUUUGGCUACUCCAUGGAGAUUUUCUUCAGCGAAGCCGUACUCUUCUUCCUCGAUCUUGCCAUACGCAAGGCAACAGGAUCGUACAUGUACCGUGUACAUGACCACUGCUACUUUGUUGGCACGCAAGUACAAAUUAGCCAUGCUGAGGAAGUAAUUGUUGAUUUUUCCAACGUUAUGGGAUUGAAAUUCCGCAGUCUCUUCUCCACUGACAAGCUGUCCAUCGGAUUCUUGGAUAUAGACCUUCAGGUAAACUCACCACACGGCAUCGAAGUCGGAAUCGACGAUUCCAAAGUCGCCCUCUAUGCAGCCAACGCAAGUCUGAGGCUCAAGUCGUGUUCAACCGUACUCGAGUGGGUUCAUGAAUGGAAUGAUACUGUCGGUACUUAUGCAGCCCAUUUGCUCGGCCCCCUUGCCAACGUGUUCAAUAAAGAACACACCGGAAUGAUCAAAGCAACGUACAGGCGUAUUUACUCUAUCGUUCUUGGUGGCAGCGAUUUAACCAGAUGGGUUGCAAAUAUGCUCAGACCUUUUGUAUCAUGCGAGCUGGAGCAUGGUCUGCAAGAUCUUGAGCCAAUCAUCCAUCUCCCACAAGCCUACGGUGGUCUUGGUGUGAAGAAUCCCUUCGUAACCAUCGCUUUUGCCUCGAACGCGAACGAGCCCGCUGCCAUCAAGAUCAGAGAUUACCUGAGCAUCGAGGCUGCUUACUAUACAAAGGCAUCCGAGCGAUACUCAAAUCAGAUGCCCUUUCUGAACCAGCAGAAGUUCGUGACCGUCUUUGACAAUGAUUUGCCGAGGAUGAUACAAGCGCUCGGUUCUGGAAUCGGAACCGAUGUCUCUAUCCACACCCUUCCGUUCAUCGCCAAGGCCGAGAUGAUGAAGCAUCGAGAACGUGCAAAGUUUCCCUGUGUUACUACCAACUGGAGCGAGCCCGUUAAAACACCCGACCUCGUCCAACUCUACCGAGAUCUUCUCGACGAGCCUAUCAAUGAUAUCGAAGACAGCGAGAUGGUCGAGCAGGAGAUAAACCGACUUUCGCUGACAGAAGACUUGAAACCAUGGGAUGAGUUGAGCCAGGAGGAUCGAUGGGUGUUGCAGCUCUAUAACGAGGAGUGCUUCGAGCGGUACGGCAGCUUGGACAUCUGGUGGGCCAAAGGCAUACCUGUCGUGGUCUACAGCGAUCUCAGAGGUCAUCUGCUAGACGAUGAUGAUGAAGAACAUAGCAAGAACGCCUAG